AUGCGUUACCAAGGAAAGGCCAGUGCACGAUGCAGCACGUACAAGCCAUCCAUCCAAGACAAGGAAAGGGAAGGAAGGGGAAACUACGGAGUACAGUAUAAAGGGAGGGAGGGAGUGAUGGACACUAGUCAACGGGAUACUACCAAGCGUUUACAAACUACACGAACGGCAGCCGCUACAAAAUUAUAG